AUGAAUGCCUUCGCUGGUCAAGAAGGUCCAGCUUUUGGGACAAAAGUGGCUAAAUAUCCAGAAUGCCCUCGUCCUGAGCUCAUGAGAGGGCUGAGAGAACAUACUGAUGCUGGAGGAAUCAUAUUGCUCUUGCAGGAUGAUCAAGUGAAUGGUCUUGAGUUCUUGAAAGAUAGGAAGUGGGUCUCUAUCCCGCCGUCCAAGAACAAUACCAUUUUUGUCAAUAUCGGUGAUCAAGUCGAGAUACUGAGCAAUGGAAGGUACAAGAGUGUUGUGCACCGUGUAAUGACAGUGAAGCAUGGAAGUAGACUGUCGAUAGCUACAUUUUACAAUCCGGCUGGUGAUGCCGUAAUAACUCCGGCUCCGGAGCUCUUGUAUCCAAGUGGCUACAGGUUUAAAGACUACCUUAAGCUUUACUCAACCACUAAGUUUGGAGACAAAGGCUCCAGAUUUCAUACCAUGAAGAAAAUGGAGAACGAGAGUUCUGUCUAG